CUAAAGAGACACGCUUUAACCCUUUUGAUUGAGACCCAUGAAGAUGCAAACUGAGGAAUACGAACCGUAAGUUCAUCGUCGUCAUCACCGUCCCCAUCGUAAUCUUUGUUCAUCGUCAUCGCCAUGGCAAAUCCAACUUUUGUUUUGAGGCCAAGUGAAACACAAACUGUAAGACUUAGAAUACAUCAUAGGGGACAUUUGGUGCAACAUCCAGUGAAGUUGUAUGUUGGAGGGAUUGCAAGUGAAAUGAAUUGGGACUGGGAUGUGGACUUAAUGUCCUAUAUAGAGAUUGAAAAGAUGAUUAAAAAUGAAGGGUAUUGUAAUAUUCGGUGUUUAUGGUAUUGGAAUCCUAAGUAUGCCUUUUCUCGUGGACUUCGGCCUUUGAAUGAUGACAAAGAUGUGUUAAAAUUCAUGGAAGAUAUUAGAGGAUAUAAAUUGAUCGACGUUUAUGUUGAACACAAAGUCGAAGAAGUUAAUAUUGAGGAUGUUAGGUUUGAAGAAGUAAAUGUUGAAGAAACAAUUGUUGAAGAUGAAAAUGUUGAAGAAGCAAAUGGUGAAGAUGAAAAUGUCGAGGAUGUCAAUGUUGAAGGUGUCAAUAGUGAAGACAGUGAAACAGAUCCUGAUUAUGAGGAGUGUGAGGAUGAUGAGGAUGGUGAGGAAAGUGAGGAAAGUGAGGAUGAGGAGUUGAACUUAGGUCAUGAUUUCGGUGUUAAUUGGACCACGGUUCUCCCUAACACUUCAACUGAGCAACCCUCAAGAUUGGUUGUUAAUUCUGAUAAUGAAUGUUGUGAUUCAGAUGAGCUACAUACACCACUUGGAAGUGAUGUUGAAGAUGGCAUGGAAAGGUUUCCAUCUUUUAAACAAACUACGAAGUUUGAAAUUGGGAUGAUGUUCAAGGAUAAGAUGCAAAUCAAAGAUGCCGUAAAAGAUUAUGCAAUGGAGUCUAAUAAGAAUGUUGUGAUCAAGAAAAAUGACAAGAAGAGAGUGGUUGUAAAGUGUAUGGUAGGUUGUCCCUUUUAUAUAAGGUUUAGCCUUAGGACAACCAACCAAUUUUGGCAACUUGUUAGCUUCACUAAUCUACAUAAUUGUCAUAGGACACCAAGGAAUAGACAAGCGACGACCGUUUGGUUAGCUAAAAAAUUUGUGAAUACAUUAAGACACACUCCUGAUAUGAAGACUAAAGGGUUGAUUGCAGAAGCAAUGGAAAAGUGGGGGGUGAAGUUGUCAGUAGAUCAAGCAUAUAGAGCCAAGAAAAAAGCGAUAGAGUUAAUUCAAGGAGCUGGUCGUGAACAAUUCAUCCACCUUAGAAGUUAUGCUGAGGAAUUAUUGAAGUCAAAUCCAAACUCUACAGUUAAAAUUCAGUGCGAUGAUUCAGCUUGUGGUCCUGUGUUUGAAAGAAUAUAUGUAUGCUUAGAAGCAUGCAAGUCAGCAUUUGCAACCACUUGCAGGCCUCUAAUUGGUUUGGAUGCAUGUUUUCUGAAAGGGGACUUCGGAGGUCAGUUGGUAGGGGCCGUUGGUAAGGAUGGAAAUAACAAGAUGAUACCAAUAGCUUAUGCAGUUGUGGAAGCUGAAACAAAGGAUUCAUGGCAAUGGUUUCUUAAGUUAUUACUCGAAGACUUACAGUCCAUUCAACAAAAUGCUUAUGGAUUUAUAUCAGACCAACAAAAGGUCCAUUUGGAGAAAGACAACAACAUAUUCACCACCGUUUUGGUAGCCAAGAGUAAGCUGAAAUUCAUACAUUUGAUUACCAAGAAUAAAACUGGUCACGCCAUUAAUUUUUGCUAUCCAAAACAUGGAAAUCCUAAUUUCGAUAAGCAAAAAUUCUUUGUGAAUGCUAGCCAGCUUGAAAACAAUGAAUUACCUCAACCUGUUGAUGAGAAUCAGGUAGGUUCGUUUGCAAGAGACGAUGUUCCUAUUUCCCAAGCUCAAUAUGAGUAA